AUGCCCGUAUAUCCUUCGGAUAAGGCAGCGGUUGAACAUGUUUCGGUUGUUGAUCUCAACGAUACCACACCAAACCCUCGCCGGUUUGCACUGGCGCGGAUACGAGGAGAGGUGCAGCUUGUGGAAGGCUCGGCAGCGUCCGCUCUGGCAGUUGUGGACGUCGACAUCUUCCGGCACGAGUUCAUCUCGAUAUUCCGCUACUCGCACAGCACCUCGCUUCACCCCUCCGACAUACACAUCAUCGAACCUAUUGCCCCAGAACACGUCCUCUACGAAGAGGAGAACGGAACAGCAUUUUUAGCAAAGAACGUUAUGGAGCGGUUAAGAAGUGCAACCGAACGGCACAGGCCCAUGCCACCACGUCGCCCGAGCAACUUCAGGCGGCCAAAAUACCUACAAUGA